AAGAAGAAGAAGAAGAAGAAGAAGAAGAAGAAGAAGAAGAAGAAGAAGAAGAAGUAGUAGUUGUUGUUUAUGUUAAAACAGAACUUUACUAUAAAAUUUUAUUUUUGAUAUAGGUCUAAGUUCGAUUGACAUUGGAAUAACUUGGACCUACUUUUGCUUGGUAAUGGCGAAAACUGAUUCAUUUUGUAAAGUGGAAACUAGUGAAAAUGGAUAACCUUCGUUUACUCAUUUGGUGUAUAUUCGUCGUGACAGGUGUUUUCAGUGUUGUUAAAAACAGAGUGACAGUGUCAGUGUCAGUGAUGGAGGGAGAUUCAAUUACUCUAUACAGUGAUGUUACAACUACACAACAAGAAGAGAUUUUAUGGUAUUUUAAUGACACCCGCAUCGCAGUAAUCACUGGAGAUCUCAGCAGGAUCUGUACAGAUGUUCAGUGUAAUGAAGGUAAUGAGAGAUUCAGAGACAGACUGUAUCUAGAGAACCAAACUGGGUCUCUGACCAUCAUGAACAUCAACACUGCAGACACUGGACUUUAUCAACUCAAGAUCUUCAGCAGCAACAGCAGCAUCAGUGAGAAGACCUUCAGUAUUAUGGUUCUUGAUGCUCCUGAUGCAGAACUGGGUAAAGGGAAGACAAUAUCGGCGAUGGAGGGAGAAUAUGUUACUUUAGAUCCUGAUGUCAUAAGAAACCCAAAUGAUGUGAUGACGUGGUAUUUUAAUGACACUUUCAUUGCUGAAAUCACUGGAGAUCAGAGUAAGAUCUGUACAGAAGAUCAGUGUAGAGAGAGAUUCAGAGACAGACUGAAGCUGGAUCAUCAGACUGGAUCUCUGAUCAUCACAAACACCAGAACCACAGACUCUGGAGAUUAUAAAGUUCUGAUCAUCAGCCGCAUCGUUCAACACAGUAUCAGCAUCACCAGCUUGAAAAUAUUCAUUGUCACUGUAAUUGAUUCAGGUCUGUCUUUAGCUGCUGUAGCAGGAAUAUGUGUUUGUGGUGUUCUGUUGUUUGUUGUGACUGCAGCUGCUGGUGUGAUUUACUAUUGCAAGCGUCGUCAAGCAGGACAAAAUGACAUCACGACACAAUCCAGAGAUCGGUCGGGUCCCCAAGAGUUGUCCCCUAAUCUGUCUGCCCCUAUGUUGAGGUCCCCUGAGGGGAGUGAGACUGAGGCUGCCAGUGAGACAUCAAUGUAACAUCACUGGUACCAGUACCAUGGCCGACGCUAACAAUAGGCAGAGCAUGCAAUUGCCUGGGGCCGCUGACUUUGAGGCUGGGUCUCCAUAACCUUAACAUCCUCUAUACCAGGGAUCUUUAAAUUUGGCUUGUGACAUCCGCUUUCCUCAGAGUUUAGAUUUCACCCUAAUCAAACACACCUGAGUAUGCUACUCCGUGUCUUCAGGAUACCAGGAUUUGCAUACCAGAUUUGAGUCCUUUGGAAUGUUUGCUGUAACAGACACAUCAUUUAGGUACUGUCAAUCAAAGGGCUAAAUAGACAUGCAUCUGUUUUGCAGUCAUCUAUUUUGGAGUGUUUGCAAUGCAUUCUAAAUAUAAGCUUGUUCUGUUAACCAGCAUAAUUUCUAGACAAAGAGAACGAAUGCUGUUGACACCCAGAUGUGUUAAAUGUGUGUAUCCUCUAAAUAAAGUGUGUAUCCUCUAAAUUCUCCUGAUGAUUACAUUACUCGUCUAACAUAACAAUUCAUUUCAGUUUCAUUCAUAUUAUUAUUAUUAUUAUUAUUAUUAUUAUUAUGUGGCUUUACAUCCUCAACAAACAAAAGUGAUUAUUAAUCAAAAAAAUCAAAUCUAAAAUAAAUAUUAACCAGCAUAACUGUUUCAUUUUAUUUUAACCAUCCAGAAAACUUUUUAAAAUAUUUUGAUUACUGAAUUACUGAAAAAAAGACCUUUUAAACCGUUUAACUGAUUGUAUUAAUCGGUCAAAAUUCUUCUGUCAGUUAACGGUUGACCGGUUAAAAUGAGCAUCCCUAAUCAACACUCAACAAUGUUCCGGCCAGAGCAAUGUUUUUUUGUUGUCGCUCACUCUUUAUUUAUCUUAUUGUAUUAUUUUUGUUUCUUUAUCCUGGCUGAAGUAGUUUGUUUGUUGUUUCAAUUUAUAUGAAUAUUCAGCCUGUUCUAGUUUAAAUGGAAAUAUAUUAUUUUUUAAUAAGCUGAGUCUGAGAGUUUUAUUUA